AUGCACGCGAUUUCGGCUCCCGCCUGCUGCCUCGCCGCCGCGCUGCUGCUCCUCGUCGUGCUCUGCCGCCACGACAGCGAUGCAGUCGGCGCGCACUCGGACUACCGACUCCUGCAAACAAUAGCGGACUUCACGCUGCGCAAGAAGGAGGAGAAGAACAAGCAAGACCUGAGUAAAAUACCGGGCAUACCGUGGAUCGAUUACCCGCUCUACCACGAGAUCCCCCAAACGAGCUUCAGCUGCGCCCGCGUGCCGGCCUUGCCGGGCAUGUAUGCCAACGUGGAGACCGGCUGCCAGGUGUACCACGUGUGCCACGACGGCCGGGAAGGCGACCAAGGCGCCACUUUUCUCUGCGCCAACGGCACCAUCUUCAAUCAAAAGGAAUUCGCGUGCGACUGGUGGUAUAACGUGCACUGCGGGGAUGCUCCAAGGCUUUACAGUUUGAAUUUGGACCCAGAGACGAAUCCCUACGUGCCUCAAGCUCACAAGGAAUAUAUUCGACGAGAAAGGCUUCAAAUCGUCGUGGUGUAA